AGCCUUCGGCCCUACGGAGGCCGCCCACGGGCCCAGCGAGCGAGGGCGUCGGGAACCGCAGCCAAGAAACUCGGCGGCGGCCGCGAGAGCGGUGCCCGGAACCACGCCUCAGAGCAGCAGCAGCGCGGCGCAGCCGCCCGUUGGCGCAGCCCAGUCGCCCCCGUCCAGCAUGUCCCUGGUCAUGGUGACGCCCGCCGUGGACGACGACUUCCUGCCGGGCUCCAACAACAACGCCGCUGCCGCCACGAACAACAACAACAACCACCACGCGGCGCCGACGCAGCCACCCCAGCCGCAGCCGCCGCCCGAGCCUCCCGACUGGCCGUAUCCGCAGCUUGCAGCACCAGGCGUCCGGGUCGUCCGGCAAGCCCGUGCUGGUGCUGGGCCGGAUGCACUCGGAGCCGGAGCGGUCGCUGCCCCUGGUCGAGUUCAAGACGCUCGAACCUCCCGCGCCGCCGAACUAUCGGUCGUGCCCGGAGAUCGGGCCGCAGAUCCAGGUGGUGCAGUUCACCGGACCGGGAGUCAGCGAGGAGGACGAGUGCUGCCCGGGCUACGACGUCGACGGUGGAGGCGAGGACGGCGGGGGCGGGUUUCGCCGCGCGUCCGCGUGGGGCGCCCCGGGCGGGGCGCCCCCUGCAGGGCCGCGCGGCGUGCGAGCCAGCGGCGCCCUCGCAGCAGCGCCCCCACCUAUGGACCCCGCACACGCGGCUGGGUCUGAGCGCGCGGUUGGAGCACUCGUUCCUCACGCGCACGGUGUCCCGCGAGAGCGUGCGCUGCAGCGCGACAGACGCGGGCCUGCUGCCGGCGUCGUCGUCGCAGCAGCAGCCGUCGUCGCACCAGGCGGCGGGCGCGCCGCUCACCACGUCGCUGCGCCAGCUGCACCGGGACAACGAGAUCGCCGAGAUCGCGGCCGACUCAAUGCGCAUCAAUGGGGCGCUGCGCCACUUCAAACACCUGCGCAAGCCCACCUCGACGCUCUCCAUUCCGGCGGCCAUGAAGGAGUAUCCGAACGCGAACCUGAGUGCUGGGCAGCUUUUCACUGACUGCAACCAAGCGCAGCAGCAUUCGACCGAGAGCGACGGCGCGGGUAUCGCCCUCGUGGGCGUGCACACGGACGCCGGAGUCGGCGGUGGGGGCGACGGCGACCUGCGGCGCUUCCUCAAGGGCGCCUCGGGCUCGCUGUCCGGCAGCGGCGCGCCGGGGGCAGCCUCGGGAGGUUUCGGCCCCGGGGGCCGCUUCCACAAGCCCUCGGUGGGCUACCGGCUGGGCCGGCGCAAGGCGCUCUUCGAGAAGCGCAAGCGCAUCAGCGACUACGCCCUGGUCAUGGCCCUCUUCGGAAUCAUAAUGAUGGUCGUCGAGAACGAGCUCUCCGCCGCGCACGUCUACGAAAAGAGCUCGGUGUACUCGAUGUCGGUCAAAACGCUCAUCACCGUGUCCACUAUCAUGCUGCUCGGUCUCAUAGUAGCCUACCAUGCCUUAGAAGUUCAGCUGUUCAUGAUCGACAACUGCGCGGACGACUGGCGCAUCGCCAUGACGCCUCGCCGGGUGGCGCAGAUCCUGGCCGAGCUUGCCGUGUGCGCCGUGCACCCGGUGCCGGGAGACCAGCGCUUCACGUGGACCACCAAGCUGGCCAACCACGGGAACCGCGUGCGGUCGCGCGACGUGCCCGUGGACGUGACGCUGUCGCUGCCCAUGUUCCUGCGGCUGUACCUCAUCUGCCGCGUCAUGCUGCUCCACUCGAAGCUAUUCACGGAUGCCUCGUCGCGCUCCAUCGGUGCGCUCAACCGCAUCAACUUCAACACGCGCUUCGUGCUCAAGACCCUGAUGACCAUCUGCCCCGGCACGGUGCUCCUCGUCUUCAUGGUCUCCCUCUGGAUCAUCGCCUCCUGGACGCUCAGGCUAUGCGAAAGGUACCACGACGAGGAGCAUGCUAACUUGCUGAACACCAUGUGGUUGACGGCAAUCACGUUUCUCUCCGUGGGCUACGGAGACAUCGUGCCCAACACGUACUGUGGCAGGGGCAUCGCGGUCACCACGGGACUCAUGGGGGCCGGUUGUACAGCCCUGGUUGUUGCUGUGAUAGCGCGAAAGCUGGAGCUCACACGAGCCGAAAAGCACGUCCACAAUUUUAUGAUGGACACUCAACUGACGAAAAGGUUGAAAAACGCUGCGGCCAACGUAUUACGAGAGACGUGGCUCAUCUACAAAAACACUAGGCUUGUGAAACGUGUGAACCCUUCCAAAGUGAGAGCGCACCAGCGCAAAUUCCUCCUCGCAAUCUACAGUCUCAGAAAGGUUAAAAUGGACCAAAGGAAGCUUAUGGACAACGCAAACACAAUUACAGAUAUGGCAAAGACUCAGAAUUCGGUGUACGAGAUAGUGUCGGACAUGAACGCGCGCCAGGAGUUGUUCGACGAGCGGCUGGCGACGCUCGAAGAGCGGCUCGCCGCCAUCCACGAGCAGCUCGAGGCGCUGCCGGAGGCCGUGGCGCGCUCGUGCGGCGCGUACUACGCUGCCGCGCCGCAGCCACAGCCGCCGGCGUCGAGCCAGUCCUACCCGCCGGGCUCGAUGCCGCUGCCGGAGUGCGGCGCCGCAGUGCUGGGGCCGCAGCAACAGCCGCUGCCGCUACAAGCACCACCGCUGCAACAGCAGCCGCUGCUGAAUCAGCCCCGCCACACGCACCUGCACCCGGACGACGCGGCGUCGCUGAGCAGCCGGCCGAGCUGGUCCACCGUCAACCUGUCCGCAGGCGGCGGAGCGGGAGGAGGUGGCGGCAGGCUGGGAGUCCUGCAGCCGCCCAUGGUGGCGCGCUCGGGCUCCACCGAGAACUGACACGACGAAGAGGGCGACGAGCAGUGGAGCCCGCCGUCUGCCUGGCGGCGACAGGAGCCCAGCAACGCGGAUCAAGACGAGCGCGAGGUCGAGCAGCCUCUGUUGUCGCCGUCGCCGCCACCGCCUACGCCGCAUCAGCAGCAGCAGCAGCAGCAGCAACCGUCGCUUCCGCCGACAGCCGUCGGCCCCGCCGGAGACCCGUCCUCAGCCGCGCUACGCUGUUCCGCGCGCCGUUGCCACGAUUGGGGCGGCGGCGCGCGACGCUGGCCGGUUUGAGAUAGGUCUCCGGCUCGGCUUGUUCUGUCCCCCUGCGUGACUCCGAGCGAUCCUUUUUACAUUUUAUUUAGCGCCAAACCACCGCUGUAAUAGCUAACGCUUUACCUGCUCCUGCUGGGCUGUGCGGGACAGCAUCUCUAGGGCGGGUGUUGAUUUGGUUGCGUAAUGUGUAUGUCAUACGGGAGGGCAUGAAGCCUUCGCGACAAGAAAAGAGCUUUAAUCUUUGUACAUCCGGUGUUAGUCGCGACGAAGGAGACCUUGUCCUUUGAAUUUAGUGGAAUGCUUUGUAUGCCUGAGCAGCCGAAACAAGUACACCACUGUUACCGCCCUCGACAACAUCCCUCAGCGGAUUCGUUAUAAAAGGAACGUACUGAGUGAGCAUGCCGGUGCCCAAAGUUUACUAUAACGAUGUCUUCCAGAAUUUGUUGGUUAACUAAAGAGAUGUACUUCAAGAGCUUCCGCGCAUUCCGAGAUGACUAUAGAGAAGCGCUUCCCUUCGCUACGUCAGGAGCGGAGCUGACGGAAACUUAAAAAGGAAACAUGUACACAUUGCCUCAUAUAUGUGACAUGUCGCAUGACUUGACGAACGUGAACGGAGAUUAGCACGUGUUCCUCGAUCGUUAUCAACCUGAAGUACGUGAAAACUAGAUUGUGACAGCCGAUCUUUAAGGUCGAUUUGUUCGGCACCAUAGCAGUGGUUCUGACUGCUUAAAUUUGACAGCGUUGAUGAGAUGAGGGCCUUCCUGGACUGAAGAUGUCGUAUAGCAUCCGUUUUAUCAUGCACGAUUAGGAACGGCGACAUUUCAGAUGCAGUUUACAUAUUCGAAAGGUAAGAUAAGAUUAUGGAACGUUUACUAAAACCCCGCAUAGCGUACACCACGUUUCGUUUCCGAGAAGAAAUAUUAAGUGCCCGUACUUAACUGAAAGUGAGAAGAGUACCCAUCACAAGAAACGCUUACCUAUCAGGAAGGAAGCAUAAUUCCCGAAUUCGCCACUGCACCUCGAUUCGUCUCGGUACCUAUAGUGGAGGAUUGAGCGCGCUUUUCGAAUGAAGCAAUCUGGGCGCUCCGCUAAACGUCCCAGGCGAUUCGAGAGCUAUAGUUUCGCAAUAGGAGGUUUCAACUUCCGCGAAAAAAAAAAAAAAAUUAUCGAAGGGAUGUGUGUUUCCCUAGCAACUCGUCGUUACGGGACUUGUCGUCAAGCAACGUUCUCGAAGCGCAUGCAACGAUUCAGUCACCAAAUCCACUCGAGUCGAUUCGAUACGCGUUGCGAAUGCGGGACUCAGAGAUGUCCUCACAGCCCAGUAAUGCCCAGCGCCGUUCUUAUAUAGAUUAUAGUACCCACGCUUGCUCGCGCUGGCUUCGUGCAAUCUUCGACGGUGCAUCAACUGUCCCUCCUGCCUUGACUGCUGCUGCUGCGCUGCGCCAAAGAAAAGAGAAGAAAGACAAAAAAACUCAGCGCGUCGUUUUUGUGUUGUGCGCUUAUGUCGAUCGUGCCGCUGUUGUGCCACCGUCUCCUGGGACGAAAACUUUUUUCGACGUGGCUCCGACAGCCAGUGCGAGUAGUGUUGCGGUACUCAGAGUGAGACUGUGUGCUCGACUGACCGCGACAUCGAAUCAACUCGUUUACACACAAGAGUCUUCGAGUGUUUUGUUCGUGACGUAACCGGGGGCUAGACCUGUAAUAUGUAUAGCCCUUCCUUCGUCGUCUGUGUAUACGGAGCGGAGGUGAAGCACGUAUAACACGCUGAAUCAAAAGAAAGAAAGAAAUCGUGAAUGUAUAUGACCGACUGUAAUAUUAGCGUUGAUCUCGGUAUGUGCCGCGUCUAUCGCCUGUCACUCCCGGUGACCAGCACUUUGUUUUGUUUUUGUUUUUCCAGCGUACCUCGAUCGGCGUGUGAGAGUGAAGGUACAGGUCGUCCGCAGAGUGAUUGUGGUCAUGCUUACGAAGAUAGCCUGUACACGGCUUUACCGUUGUUAGGGUAUAUACAUUGUUAUGCAGGCAUGCGCAAACGAGGGCUGCACAGGUUCCGUUUUACUACGUUCAGGUUGCUGUACUUGUGCCUGCUUUGUUGCCUCCUUUCUUUCAUGAGUUCUUUACUUUAUUGUUGCUGUUACUACUUACCUAAGCGUAAAACUUUAAAGCAAACAGUUACAAUUAUAAAGCGACUGCUUAUUAUUUAGAGUGGCAUAGCUUGUUAAGACGUAUAUACAGAAGUACUGCUCAGUUAGUUGUUACCCUGUUGCUUCCUUCUGAGUUGCGUUCUCUGACUCCGUAACUUGGAUCGCUAGCUGGCUAAAGAAAUUCACUGUUAAGCCUAACAACCUUGAGAUAUAGAAAGACCUCUUACGCCGAAACCUAUAGCAUUCCAUAAAGAAUCCUCGUACUGAUCGGUAACAGUGUCCCCCGAGUGGGCACAAAACGAUUUGUACGUAUUUUAGAAAGGUCUUAUAUUCUGUGUUGUUCGCUUUACACUUGCGUUGUAGGACUGUAGUUGUGUGUUGCAGUCCUUAGGCUUUUAAAAGCUACACGGUACGCGUGCGUUGUUGUUGUUUUUUUUUUUAAUUUUUUCCUGUCAAAAGUUUCGAACCCUCUUCAGUAGUGACAAAAUAUGUCGUCGGGCCGUAUAGCUCAGGAGACAAAACAGUGCUCUUCCUAUGCCGGUCUCCGGAUCUGUCGAGUAACAGAAGAUUUUCGUUCCGGAAUGCUGCACGAUAUCAAAUGGGGUUAACUCUUCAAACUCCGUUACACGAGACUUAUAGAAAGACUAUAAACAUUCUUAAGCUUAUAGAUCGUCUGCAAGCCUUCAUUUAAUGAGCCUACAGAUAGUAAACCUCCUAUGAAGUCUGCAGAUCGAUAACCCUAAAGACCACCAUGAUGUCUAUUCAUAGUCUAUAGAUAGCGCCCGCGUCUGCUGGCUAUUGUUCAUAGAAAAUCUUCAAAUGAUUUGAGUGUUUGUUCACAAUAAGUAUCGCAAUAGAUGAUUGUCAACGUCGGCGGACACUAGUGAUUUUCUGUAUACAAAAGACAAAAGUGAAAGCCUAAAGAAAAGCAAAAUAGUUAGCUAAAAGUGUAUAAAGUGUGUAUAUCAAUUCUUAAGGCCUGUCCGCGAGAGCUUCAAAGCUUACGCCAGAGACGGUGCUUUUUGCUUAAAAGUACUGGCAACCACUACUUUGAUGAAAGUGAGUUUUAUGGCCGUGAUGACAGCCCUUACCCUUCACGAUGAAAAAGAUCCAAGGAAUGCACUUUAAACGUGUAAUGUAUCCCCAAUCUGCUCAGAGCGAUAUAUGAGUAGGUAGACUAAAAAAAUAUUUAAGCAAGAUCAGGCCACACGCGAGAGUGCAGAGGCUUUCAAGGAAGCCAUAAGCUACACGAUGAAAAAGAUCCAAAGAAUGCACUUUAAACGUGUAGUAUAUCCCCAAUCCGCUCGGAGCGGCAGAUGAGUAGGGAGGCUAAAAAAAUAGUUAAGCAAGAUCAGGCCACACGCCAGAGUGCAGAGGCUUUUAAGGAAGCCAUAAGUCUUGGGAGCGGCGCGGUAGUACUUUCAAUUGAGAAUUGUCGGUGCGACAUCCGGAACUUAUACGCAUGCAAAAGAAAGUCGGCGGGAAGACGGGCUAUUUGACGUCAGUUGACUACUAAAUCUAUAUUCACAAAAGUUGAAAAUAUAUGUAAGGGUAUCUAAUAGCAUGCCUGUACGCUGCCUUCUGACUUAUGGCCUUCAACAUUAUAUUUGCUACGAUCCAUAAAUUGUUUAUAAACUGCUUUCGUGUGCAAAAUUUUGCCUGGAAGUUUCUUUGCGCCAGAAGUGUACACCAAGAGAGAUAGACCAAUAGCAAAUAUUUGCAUUCGUCCAUUGUCUUAUAUGUUUGCGGAAACAAUAAAUUUUGCGAAAGCAAAGAAACAAACAAAAAGAAACGCGAACACGAGGGAACACACGUUGUCAGGGCAAACUCACAUCUACCAACGCUUUUCCUGUCGGUGCACUAACGCAACCGCGUUUUUUAUUAUUUUUUUCGCGCCAUGCAUCUUGAUUCAGCAUAUCUGACCAAUUCGCUCAACUUACAGAGCUCCAGGUUUCGAAUGGUCUAUAUGAAAGUAAGGUAUAGAUACGCGAGUUAACAGAAAUGCCUAUAUGAAUGCGCUCAGAAUUUGUAACUGAGAACAUGGAGACGUCGACGCGGGUAUGAUUCCCAAUCGCGGCGGCGGCCGCAUUUGAGUGGUGCAACAUGCAGAAACAUCCGCGUUCUUAGAUUUAGGUGCACGUUAAAGAACCGAAGCUUUGCAGAAUUGAUCCGGAGUCCCACAGUACGGCGUGCUUCACAAUCGUACCGUGGUUCCGGCAUGCAGAACCCCGCAAUUUAAUCAAUUAAUCUAAUUAAUCUGUCAUCAUAAUAGCAGGACCUAUAGGCACGCCGGUAGAUCUCAAACUCUUUCUAAAGUAUAAAAGAAAUAGUUGUCUUUUUUUUCCCCCCGUUCACGUUCCGAAGUCGGCAUGCUGUUUCCGCACUUUGUGCAUGAGUCCAUCAGAAGGACCGAAGCGGCUUUCAACAAAAGCCUCGACUUCCGUACCUCGUGGGGCAAAACAUAAGCUUCCUUUGAAGCGCGUGAAGAGUUUUACGACUCUCAUACGAUCUCGGUUUUAUAACUACCGGCUUUUCCUUAUGUCUUCAGCACGAUCAUCAUUGUACACAGCAGCUUCCUGUUGUUAAGCCGGGUCAGCGUAUAGGAGCUAGGACCAGAGUGGUGUUUACUUUCGGUGGUUUAUGUACUGCCGGGAUCACUUUAUACGCUACCGCUGAUGGCCUGGUAAGCUUCGUAAGCCUCUGGAUUAGCGUUUUACGGUGUCUUCGCUCGACUUGCCACUAGAUUAAGUCCCCCAUAACCUCGGCUACUUUCUUUGGAGUUUUCUUUUUUUUUAGUUCAUAUCUUGAGGAACUUAGUGUCGAUAAGGAAAGGAGAAUGUGUUGGUCUAUACACUUUUUACAGAAGAUGUAGCAGCAAAACGAUACAUUCGACUGGAAGAAUGGAAGUAACUUGUGGAGUUAUAGCCGCUUAAAACCGUUAACACUACUUCUUCUUCAAGGGUUCCUAGAAAGAGAUAGUGUUUCCAGCUCACGUUUCUAGAACAGCAGUUAGAUAAGUCUUAACGCUAACAAAAGGCCCGGCGGGUCGUAAACGAGGCGAAAACAAAAUGCAGUCCCGUCACUUUCACGUCUAGCCAACAACAUCGGUGACGUAACAUUAUUCUUACACUUCUGCUUAAUUAGAAUUUAGGAACUUAAACGUGGUUCAUUUUUCAUUCGAACGUGCACAAUUAUCAAGUCUUGAUCGGGUAGCUUUCACGAACCCUCAGGCAGGAGAAAGGUUCGUAUUGGGGGAACUGCACCGCGAAAUCUUAUGACGUCACAACAAAUACCACGAUUUGGGGUCUCAGCUUCAAAAGACUUGUCAUCAUAUUCUGCGCCAGUGUGGAGGGUUAUUGUUUUUUCACUCAAUAAAUAAAGGGAAUUUUGAAGGAGCUAUCGAUAUCUAGGCCAAUUUUGCGAUGUAUCAGAAGCAGCCCGUUAAAGGGACUUAAGUGGUGCUAAUUAAUCACGAAUCGGGAGUAGCUUCUUGGUCAGGCAUACUAUAACGUUCCUUCGUUUCGCCUCAGUAAUUCAUCACGAGGACGUACUGUUCUUAACAUUCACCCAAACCGAGCCACAGCACGCUGAAAGGAAGCAAAAAGGCGGAACUACGCCGCCCAGCGAAGUCAAUUCGAGCGAAGUCAAAAUUCGGAAAGCGUUCGAUGGUCGUCAAUUCGCGGGCAACCAACCGUUUUCCGGGCGCUUUACUUUCGUUUACGUGGCCUGCCAUCCUCGAAAAGGCCCUAUACCGAAAGUGUUUUUCCUUCAGAAGAGCCAUUUUUCUGCGCGCCCUACGACCUUCGACCACGUCAAAAUAGCUGCGCAUCGAGGCAUGGCCCUAUAAAUAUUGAGUACCUUUUCUCCUCCGUUCCCCUUACACGCACGCAUCGGGCUAAAUUGACUGGCCGACGCGCAGUCGACGUGCUUACCGGCUCCUGUGUCGCUGGCUUUCUUGGAGUGGAAAGCUAUAUUUUCUUUCUGGCCAUUCAGAAAUGCCGUGUUUCUUUUUUAAUUCUCUGUUCUACCUUAAAUGCGCUUACCUUAUAUUGGCUUCCGUCGCAAUAGUGGGUUCCUUCAGUGGUGUACCUACACCAGCCGGUUUGCCUUCUUAUUUACUUUCUUUUUAUUUAUAUGUGAAAGCAUGGGAUGGUAGUGCGUACAGGCCAUAAAGCUAUGGUCUCUUAGCGCAAAAUAACGUUUUCUUGCGCUAAGUGAUCAUAGCCCAGCAACAGCAAGUACUUCUGGAGGGGACGGUAGGCAGAGUUAGUGCCGGCUAUGCAAACAUCAUGAAAUUUGCACUGAAUUAACAAAAAAAAGCAAGAAAAGGAAUGGCAAAAAUAAACAACAAGAUAAUCAAUGCACGCGUAAUUUUAAAUGCUCAUGUUGGUCGGGGUUAUAGCGAAUGCUGUAGUCGUGACGUAUACGCUUACGUCAUUGAACAGUUCUUGAAAAACCCGGAAAGAGGAGAAAAGCCCGAAAAACGCUGUAUUUGCCACAAAAUUUGGGCUGCAAUAUAUUAUUCGUAGCAAGCAGAUAUAGUUUUAAGAUCUCUGCUGUUGCUGUUUUCUACAAGUCCGGUGGUCGGUAUAGCGACGUUGAUGUGGUAUAUACCACAAAUUACGGAACACGAGCUUCUCGUUGUGCGGCUGUGUUGUGCUCUUGCAUUUUGCUCUUUGGCGUUGCUUGCCACUGGUAUGGUGUGAUGUCACUGAAAUUUACCUCAUUCAGUGCUCGCCGUGAAGUUACGGCGUGGUUAUACUGUCUUGUCAUAUUUCGCACUGCGGCAGAAUCUAUAGUCUUUGGUUGUUAUUGUUGACUUUUUUUUUUAAUCUACUCCCUCCGAUGAUCAUUUCUAUGUUAUCUCUCCAAACCACUGUAUAACGUGUACGUGCCUACCGAACUUUUUUUUUAGGCGUGGCGGCAGGAUAGGCGGAUAGUGAGGAACAAAUCAAUAUGGCGGCAGGCCUGGGGCGGCGCAGCGAGCUAAAUGAGUGAGACAUUUAAAAAAAAAAACAGAAAAAGUGGGAACUUGGGUAAACUUGACGAGACAUGUACCUCCGAGCUUGUUCAUCUCAUAAAGCAUUCCUCGACGCGGUGUGACACUGUGAAGUGCGUAGAGAAUUUAUGUACGGACUGAAGCGUGUAUAUUUUUUCUUAGGGCUCUGUAAACCACGCUGUGCAUUUUUUUUUUCUUUCGCAUGGACGGACAAGGUUGUUUUCACGUCUCGACACCGAACUAUUACCGAGUGGUGUUUUCCACGUGUUUAUCUUCUUUCUUCUUCCUCUGUCCUCUUCAACUUCGUUCGAUUCAACCGGUGAAGCGACAGAGAUGUGUGUGUUGUUGAGAGGAAAGAAACAGCGACUGGCGUUGUGAAUAGCGUUGUUGUUGAUGUUGUUGCCGAACUUUCGUGUGUGUGUGUGUGUGUGUGUGCGUGGUGUAUGUGUGCUUGCAUAUUACGUGGCUGCGUUUUUUUGAAAAAGAGGGGUAAACGAAAUGCGACAGCCUGAGAAAUCGGUGUAAAAAAAAGACAAGGAGAGAAAUAUAUUACACGGGUGUGCAAGAAGAGACGACACGUGUUGUGACAUGUACUACACCUGUGGCAAAUGUGUAAAGGUGAAGAAAAAAAAUGCGUGGCGGCCGUCCAUACCGUUCAACAGGUGACAAUGCGACACCCACACACAUACACACAUACAGCAACUCUUUAAUUACUUAUACGCGCCUAACAAAAAGAAGAAAUGGUAAGGUCGUGGGUGCGUACACGCCAGGGUUGUCCGCACACUGUAUAUGUGGCAAGAAAGGAGGAACAACCUACUUAUUACCUAAAGGAGCUCGAGCGUACUUCCUAUAUAGUUAUAGCUAACCGACUUAGCAUCGAAGAAACGAAGACUCUUGUACAUAAUAUAUAGCUGCUGUGGUGACGUCAUCACUUCCACUCCCUCUUUUCUCUAUCGCUCUCUAAUCUCUAUUGCUCAGUUGCCGCGACGCGUAGUUAUGUGCUUGUCGCGACGAGAGUCGAUGGCUGAGCGUUUUCGCGCGGUGUUAUAUCACCGCGGCACGCUAAGACAGUCGUACUUGCAACGCCUCUCUGCCUUUGACGUUAAAAAAGAAGAUAAUUCUCUUUUAUCUCCCACCUGUAGAUAUCGGUUCUUCCAGCUUCCGCAUUAUUUUUUUUUAUACGCUUAUCUAGUUCGUUCAAUGACUUGGCCCCUCACUGCACGCGCUGUUGUUGCUUCGCUUUACGUUCUCGCGCUAUAUAUCUGUUCUGCCGAGACAUUGAAAGUUAGCACUUACACAAAAGCUAUCGUUAUGCCCCGCGUGGGGCUUUCGAUGCGCUGGACAGCUCCCAGAUUGUCUGCGUAUACCAUGGAAUCGGAACAAUGUUGGGAACCGUCGUUGAAGCUCACACAUCUAUAGGUAAUUUAAUUGGGGGUUUAUAUUCCAAACGUUCACGCACUGGAACAGCCCGCAGGAUCAAGCAUCAGCCUACUGUAACCUUCGACAAAUUAUUAGCAAAGGCUAAUAACUUAGCCUUAGGAAAUAUACUAUAACGAGCCAUUGGAAAUAUACUAUCACGAACGAAAAAUCUACGUUAAUUUGGUCCCAGAAUUAGAAAGUAGUAGGAGAGGAGCUUUUUUUGCAUCCAAGUAUAUAAUAGAAUUUUACUUUGUUUGCAUUUCCAUCAUCGUGGUUAGGUUAAGCCACGGCGAAAUUACUUCCUGAAGUAUAAUUUAUCAUAUUACGGCAAGCGCUGGGUUUUCUUUUACCUUGAUUAUAGCGAUGCUCCUCGGGAAACCAAGGGCAGAGCUCCUUAUUUGCUUCCUCGACUAAAAAUAUUAUAACAACCACGAUAAGACGCUUCGUUUAUUUCCCGGACGACGCCCGCGCUCAGGUUUUUAUUGUUUCAUUUUUUUUUCCUUUUUUGUUAUUUCGAUCGUACCUCCUAAUCCACCUUAUAGUUUCUUUCCGCGUUCUUCCUUUCCGUAUCGAUAAUCGGCAAUACGGUUUCUAGUCACGUGCUCUUCCUCACCCACGCUUCUACUUUCACGGUUUGCCGAGCUCGAGCUAAACUUAAGUAUGAGCAGAAAGUUCAGGGACCUCGCUUCAUCAGCAAAUCAGCAUCAGCCUACCUUUCCAUUACCAGAUUUGGUCUCCAUGCGAAGUUAACGUAUCUACGCUUCUUCGUCCGUCUUUCCUUUCUCUCUUCCCGCUCCUCCUAGCUUCGUUUUUUUUUUUUUUUUCUAGAUUAGCAAUCCCUCUGCAAUACGCGAGCUUAACCACCCAAGUACGUGCCAAUUUUAGGGCAGCAGCUUACAGCGCUCACUUCUUGGAUUACUCGACUCUCGGAUCGUCGCUCACUCGCAACCACCGAAGUAGCUUCUGGCGUUAUCAUCAUUACGUUCAGCUUAUUAGAGAUUCCCGCGAUAUCGCUAUAUAGACACACCUUUAUCGCUUCUCUUUCGGACUCGACUAUAAACCUGAGUAACGUCAGGUUUCCAGUGCGACAUCUAGACUACAUUGCACUCGAGGUCAGCCUCGCUAUAGCGUACUUAUUCUUUGAUCUUGACCCCGCACAGUCACGCGCGCGCAUCAUAGAGUUAACACCUUUUUACACUAAGAUGUAUGUAACUAACUUGCCGCCAUUGCCAUCGAUCGCUGUACGUCUUCGUUAAGUUGCUAGCUUUUCUUUCAUUCUGCGCUAGUGAAACAGCAUCUGUAACAAAAAGAAAACAAUAGACGCCUAUUCAGUAAUACACCUUGUUGAGUUGAGGAAAAAAAAAUAUUCAGCAUGUAUUGAUAGCAGUUCAAGUUAUAGUUCGCUGAUUCAAACUUGAGAAAGAGGCCGGACAUUUUCUAUACCUUGACUUUGAUCGACCAAAUGUAGUUGUACUAAACUCGGAAGAAGGAAAACGUUUCGCUGUACAGAGCUAUUUUUCGGUGAUACCUAAAAGGAGCGACACACGGACUAAACACGGCUUAUGGCACACGAUUACGGGCCCUUGACACACCUGCAACUCUAGGCCACUGCGUUUUUCAUGGGCUGCCCGUACAGGUAGGCAGGUACAGGUUUUUCCCAUGCCUUUAUUUUUGCUUUUAUUCUUAUCGCAACAAUGGGAAUGAAUUUUACUGGCGCUGCCCGUACGACCUAAGACUAAGGUGGCCGCUAAAAAAUCUUGCAGGUUCCCGACGUAUACCCCAGUCUGUACUCUCAUGGAUCCUUACUUUAUUUUAGUCAGUCGUGCAAAAAUUUACGGCAUGCUGUGGCGAACAGGUAGCGAAAUGUUCCGUUUGCCUGGUUGAUGUGUUACCUCGCUGCCAGAAUCUUUAAAAGAAAAAAAAGAUGGAGAGAAGAAGAUAUUGCGGCCCUAUAUAUUAACUGCUCGAGCUACACAGCUCUUAAACACGCUCUUCGUGCUUUUAAAAGCAGUCGACCACUCCACGCUGUUUUAGAAGUGUGCCCGCAAAAUGAUACUGUUCCUCUCGCAAACGCACGCGUUCUUCGUUAGCAAAAACCAGAGGGGAUUCCCCACUACAGACAGGCGUGUAAUAUAUGAAAGCUUUAGUGCGCUUCGCUUCUCCUUAGGCCAUCGUCGCUGCGCCGUCGUUAUGUGCACGCGCCGCGCUCCUCUUCUUCGCAAGAAGGGAUUCUUUCUAUAAAUAUAUAUACAUACAAUAUAUUUACAUGCGCAUACUAUACAUAAGCCUAUACGUUACUCCCUAAAAGAUGCGCACGGGGGCGUCUUGUACAUGUGGCAAAAAAAAAAAUCAAAAGCUGAGAAAACAAAAAAAAAAAGGAACACCUUUCUCGGGGGAUUUGAAACAAAACAAAACUGCUGCGAUUGUCGAAGGUCGGGGAAGCUUUGUACGGCCCUCUUCGAGUCUGUAUUGUGUGCCUUUUUGCUGUUUUUCUUGAGCAUAUUUUUUCAUAUAACGUUGUACAGGAGAAAAAAAAUAACCACUGUAGAAAGUAGGGAAUAAAGAAGAAAAAAAAGGUUGAAACAUUGCCCAGCCCGGCAGGCAUGCGUUCCUCAACAAACAAACAAAAAUACAAAGAUCCACGAGAAGUUAGCCUAUUAUUUCGGGCCCGCCUGAUGCUUUCUAUACGCGCGGAAUUGCUGUUGUUUCUGGUAUGGCCCUUGGCAUUGUGAGCUCACGCAGCUUGUUCAGGUUGGAUGCCUGGAAAUGACGUAGGAAAUGUAAAACGAGGUCAACUAAAGCGAAACACGACUACCCAAGGGUAUUAUUUGGACUAUUGGGAGCUCUACGCAAGAUUUUAUACACGAAGACAAGUUAUGUGAUGCUCAGAGACGAAGUGACUUUGUCGUUAUUUGUGUAAAGAAAUAUGGUGUUGUUGGUGUUUUCUUCGUCUGCACGUAGGCGGGAUUCUGUUGUUGUGUCCGUAAGAGCUGUCCACAUACGCUUGCCUUUCUGUCGUCUUUGUGUGUCAGAUGAGUCGACGUCACGGUUGUCUUUUAUGAAGUUGAUACGUGACUUCACCUACGUGCAGCGCAAGCGUGCACUCGCCUAUCGUGCUCUACGGACUAUUAAAUCUAAACUUGGAGCAGAAAAGAAAAGUGAGAAGAGUUAGGCCUAACUUUGAAGCUAGGCCUAACCUUGUGGGUUAGGCAAUGGGUGCACGUGAAUGAGUUUCAAGUUGAGUCACGGUUGGGUAAUUGAUUAGUGUGAGAGAGUGGAGGUCGGGGUCAUCAACCCUUCUAUGCGAGACAAGAAAAAUGUUCGUUAAGGCACUCUCGCAAUAUUCACACGAUGAGACAAACAAAUUAACAAGAACUGUAGCUGCGGCACAUAUUUUCCUCUUGCCUUCUUUCUUUAAGCCAACCGAUCAUGUGUCGAAUUUGAACCCGUGCAUCCAACUCGAACUCGCUUUUCAGGAGCUUUGAAAGACAGGCACAGAUGAUGAUGAUGAUGGUGACCGUUGACCAAGCGCCGCUCUGCGUCAGUUUCGCGCACUAUCUUUUGCUCUUUCUGCGUCGGACGUAUUGCAUGCGUUGAACGGGGCUCGAAGCCGUGUGUUGUUCGCGCCGCAUUCGCGCAAAGUUUUUUCCUCUAUCAUUUAAAGUAGAGCAUUUUCUUUCGCUGCAGGCAAUGAGAGAAAAAAAUUGCGAAGAAAAGGGGUAAAAAACAAAAGCAAAAUAUUGCCUCAAGUCUAAGCCCUCGAACACAACACUCUAUUACUCUAUAACCUCGUUCUUCGUCUUCUCGCUCUUGAAAUAUUGCUGAAGCAGUAAGAGCGUGACAGUUACCUUUUAUUUUUCUUCACUUCGCGUGUAAAGCUAUGGUUAUAGUUUUCGUCAUCGACGUGUGUUUUAAUUAGAGCCCGAUGGUCGUCGCAAUGAGUAUACACACACAUCUGGUGUUGUUACGUUCUUCUAAUUCGUUUUUUUUUUGUUUUUUUCUGAAGUCGCGAGCAUUUGAUGGUAAGCACGAGCACUUUCGUGCGCCCGUUCUCUGCGAGAUUCUUUCUUCCUCACUUUCGUUUUUUAUUUAUUUUUUCGUCCUCCUUCUUCAUCUUCUUCUUGUUCGGGUGUUCUCAGCGGGAUGUUGUAUUCGGGCGCCUUUCCGAGAGUUUUCACAGGUCACCAGAGGUUCGUGUACAUUCUUGGUGGCCACGUUUUUUCAAGACUGUGCUGCUGUCACCAAUGGAGGACAGGAGGCUCUGUUAUUAAAGAACAAUUUAAGAGAAAAAAAA